AUCUCUCGACCGGGCUUGAUAUGAGCCCUGAGUCUUCCGAAUCGAAGACUUGAUCGUGCUCGAUUUUAUCGUCACCACAGAGUCCGGAUCCGAUUUCUUCUUUUGUCCGCGGUUGAGAUACCCAGGUCUGUCGCAGGUUCCAUUCAAAAGUGCCGCCAAACAUCCUGGAGUGGUUUCGUUAUCAAGGAGCUCGUCUUGGCCGACGAUGGCGCGGGUCGUCGUCUCCAACUGUCAAUCUGAAUCUUCUGAUCGAAUUAUUGUGCGAAGAUCGGAAGUUGCGUUCAAAGAUCUACCGGGUAGCUGGCUCCAUGUCUGAUCGCUGUGAAACCGACGCCGCAUCAGUGAACCACAUAAGAUGAAUCGCAAAAGUAACGCAGCGAAUUUGCGGAAGUCUAUAAAACCCCGCGAAAGUCAUGUUCCGGGCUCGUCCGGUGUUCCCUCAUCAACGCGGAGAGGAUUCGGCAAUAGGACUAUUCUUGAAACGACACGGAAUUCUGUGGGGAACAGCCGCAUGUCACAGUAUGGUCAAGCAAAACAGAAGGAUCCCCGGGUCUUCAACGAAGAGUUCAUCCAGACCACAUUUAAACGCCUCCGUGAAUUCUUCACUCAGAGACACUUUCCGACCGACAUAUUGACGUCGAGCAAGUUGACAUCGCGUCAAUUCGAGACGAUUUUCUCGACUCUGAUGCGAUGCAUUUUCUCCAACUACACCGCGCCGUCGGGCAACAACUGGAUGGAGCUUGAGGUGCCGAUUGUUAUGGAGUGUCUCGGGUACCCACAGAAAGUUAUGAAGUCCACUAUACAAACCAUCAGCUCCAAAGGUGGUCCGAUAAUGGGUAUACUUGACUUCUUGCUGGACAUCGCUAUCGGGAUGGACUGCGAUCAUCAAGAAGCCAUCCGUCUUCUCUCACGAGACGAAACUCCAAAUCAAUUCGACCUGCAGAUAGAGAUGCUAGCUCAGUCAACUUUCGCUAAGGGAGUUACGGUGGAUAGUCCGCACGUUCAGACACAAAUCCGAGAACUCUGCGCGCGGAACAAAGGAAUCCUCGAUGAGGACGGAAUCAGAGAGGAGCACCAGCGAGUCCUGGCCCAGAAAGAAGAAAGUGAAGCGUUGCUCCAGGCGCUGGAAAUACAACAGACCGAAUUGGAAAGCGUACAGGAAGAAUGUGAAAAUCAUUGCAAGUUUAUUAUGGAGAUGCAACAGAGAAAGCAGUUGAAAGAAGAUGACUUGCGUCAAAUCCGUGAAUCGAUCGUUGCCGUGAAAGAGAAACUUUCCCGCCUUAGGCAAGAGAUAAGUGAAACGAGGAAGAUCGUCGACGCUCAGUCGAUUUCGCGGGAAGACAUUCGGAAGAUCCGGGCCGAGUCCAAAGACCUCGAAGAACACAACAAUGUCAUCCAGCAGAAAAUAAACGAAGUCAACUCCCGAAUCGAACUCGUGCAAGGAUCUAAUCGAAUUCUCCAGGGUGUCAUCGAGUCCCUUUGCGCAGACAUCGCGGCCGCGAUAGCAGAGCUCCCGACGGCGGCGGAGCUUCCAAAAACAAAAGAGCAGGUGACCGAAACCAUCAGCGAGCCUCAACGGAGCGAAGAGCUCUUGGCGACCCUUGAGAUCGAAGAGGACAGAUGGAUGAAAAAGAUCGCCGAGUUCCAGAAUCGGAUGGAGCUACAGUUGUUUGAGCUCACCGAGAAGAAAAAUGAACUCAGGACUGCGGUGGACUUUGCGAUGCAGGACAAGGCAGCGGUCGAUGAACAGAUCGAGUUCUACAAAGCUCGUUUGGCGAAAAAGGACGCGGAAAUACUCAGCAAGCGCCAAGCGCUCAAGAACACGGACAAUCUCAUCAAAUUCGCAGAAAAAGAGGUUGAGGAUCUGAAACUCCGAGUCAAAGCUCUCCAAGACGAAAUGGACACGGCAAUCAUGAGGAGAGACGAGCAGAGAGCGCUGGCUAUCAAAGCUGACGCCGUAUUGAAAUUCCAUGGAGAACGACUCGAAAAAAUUAUUCAAAUCGACCGGAAGCGCCUGGAAGAUCUGGUCGAGUUUUAUGAGAAGCAAGAUGAGAAUCUUCCGACGGACCAGGUUGCGGCUUCGAUUCUCGACGCGUUCAAUGCGUUGAAGGAAAACGCCUGA